GGGCUAAACCCGCCCAUGUCCAGCGCUCCGCAGUUUGUCGCCUGGCGGCCACCGUCUCCUCCAUUCUAGGCAGCCCCCCCGCCCACUUCAACCGGGCGGAGAUUAAGGAACGCUCGGGGAGUCGAAUGUCAUCUUCUCGGUCGCAACGUCAGAACAAAUACUGAAGCAAGCAGCAACAGCAUAGUCCAGUGCUCUUUCUUGAACAUUAUGCCAGGCAAUAUACACUAUCAUGUGUCCCAAGUAAGGACGCUGUACAAAAAGAUCCUUCAGCUUCAUCGUGUGUUGCCACUGGAACUGAAAGCCUUGGGAGAUCAAUAUGUGAAAGAUGAAUUCAGACGACACAAAUCCAUCAGUCUUCAGGAGGCCCAGCACUUCCUACAGGAGUGGGAGAACUAUGCAAUGAUGCUACAGCAGCAGGCUAAUCAACAUGUGCAAAACACCACUGAUCGGCCUGAUUUUGGAGCACAUCUCACAAAGGAGAAACUUAAUGCCCUUCGAGAUGAACAAGUUGGACAGCUACAUGAACUAAUGCAAGAGGCCACCAAACCCAAGAGGCAGUUCAGUAUUUUAGAUGAUGGAGACUGCAAACAUUAAUACAUUUUCUGAAUUUCAUUUUAUGGUGUUCUUUUUUGUAGUUUUUUCAAAAUGGUGUUAUUCUAAAGAAUAAUGGAAGAUGGUAAAGAUAUGGGUAAUGAAUGAUCAAAAGUAGCCAGUGUCAUCUAUAUAUUAUGUACAGCCUGCACUAAAUGUUUAGAAUAGUUCAAUGUUUGGGAACAUUUCAGCUGUGUUGAAUUUACCAUAUGCAGGAAAUAGAAUUAAAAUGGCUUUGAACUAAGAAUGUAUUUUGUGGAUGGUCAGAACAUAAAGAGAGGGAAGAACUUUGAAUUGCAUAUUGAUGCAUUCAAAGUUAUUUUGCUUUUUAAAUAUAGAAUGCAGUAUGUAUGUAUUUAACAUAAUUUAUUGUUUGAUUCAAGUGUCUUGAAGAUCUAUGAAAUUAUGCCUUUGAACUUAACUUUUAAAUACCAAAAUCUGCCUUUUUUUGCUCAAUAUUUCUUUCCUGCAAAAGAAAUUUUGGUUUUUCUAUUUCAUUUUAAAGCACUGAAGUAGCAGAUGGCAUUGUUACUCUUCCUGUAGUGCACCUUUGCAUCAUUCUUCAGCCUCCCAUGCUGCUCUUGCUUCCUGUUCUGAUAAAAGUUCCCUUGCCAUAUCUUCCCUUGAGAUUUAAUUGGAAUAUAACAAGUCAAGCAAGCUCCAGACUGCUGGGAAGAGGAUUGCUCAAUGUGAGAAGAAUAUCUGCAUACACAGUCCAGCUGUUUCUUAACUAAAAAAAAAACAAAAACGAAGAAAUUCUGCAUCCAAGUUUUAAGAAGAGAAGUUAAACUCAAUUUUAUUUAAUAUCACAAUUUUUCAGAAUCCAAUAAAACUCUCCUUGUUUAAAAAUAGUUGUGCUCUGGGGAUUAUUUUUGGUAAUACUUCCAUUUUUAAACAAAUCAAGUAUGAAUUCACUGCUGGUGAAAAAUAAUCAGGUUUUAUAAGUGGCAACUGAAAGUAAAAAGAAAUUGAUCUCUGUUUAUAUCAAUAAUGCUACACAUAAUUUUUAGAUGGGGGAUAUCUGUUAGGGUUUGAUAAGAACUAGGUGAAUAUAGUGAUGACUUUAACCCAGAAGAUCUAGAUUCAGAAUAACAGAGUUGGAAGGGACCUUGGAGGUAUUCUAGUCCAACCCUCUGCUCAAUCUGGGGACCCUAUACCAUUUUAGACAAAUGGCUGGUCAGACUCUUCUCAAAAGCCUCCAGUGUUGGAGCACCCACACCUUCUGAAGUCCAUCUUCAGCCAUGAAAGAGUCACCCCAAAGUAGAAUAGAAUAACAGAGUUGGAAGGAACUUUGGAGGUCUUCUGGUCCAACCUCCUGCUUAGGCAGAAAACCCUACACCACUCCAGACAAAUGGUUAUCUAAUCUCCUUAAAAACUUCCAACGUUGGAGCAUUUACAACUUCUGCAGGCAAGUUGUUCCACUGGUUAAUUGUUCUAACUGUCAAGAAAUUACUCCUUAGUUCUAAAUUGUUUCUCUCCUUAAUUAGUUUCCAUCCACUGCUUCCUGCCCUCAGGUGCUUUUGGAGAAUAGUUUGACUCCCUCUUCUUUGUGGCAAUCCCUGAGAUAUCAGAACAUUGCUAUCAUGUUGCCCCUAGUCCUUCUUUUCUUAAGACUAGACAUAUCCAGUUCCAACAACGGUUCUUUACGUGUUUUAUCCUCAAGCCCCUAAUCUUCGUUGCUCUUCUCUGUACUCUUUUUAGAGUCUCAACAUUGUGUUUACAUCGUGGCAACCAAAACUGGAUGCAGUAUUCCAAGUAUGGCCUUACCAAGGCAUUAUAAAGUGGUAUUAACACUACAUGUGAUCUUGAUUCUAUCCCUCUGUUUAUGCAGCCUAAAACUGUGUUGGCUAUUUUGGCAGCUGCAACAUACUGCUGGCUCAUAUUUAAUAACAUAACAUAAUAACAGUUGGAAGGGACCUUGGAGGUCUUCUAGUCCAACCCCCUGCCCAGGCAGGAAACCCUACACCAUUUCAGACAAAUGGCUAUCCAACAUUUUCUUUAAAAAUUCCAGUGUUGGAAAUUUAAAUGAUCAUCCACAAGGACUUCAAAGUCUCUCUCACAGUCAUCACCAUUGAGCAAGGUACCACAUAUACUGUACCUGUGAAUUUUGUUUUUCUUGCCUAAAGUAGAACUUUACUUUUUUCACCAUUGAAUUUCAUUUUGUUAGAUAGCGCCCAAUGUUCGUCUUUUAUCCUGUAAUUUACAACUUCUACACUGCAAAAACAUAUGGACUACAAAUCUUGAUCAAGGCAAAGCAAUAGGUGCAAUUUACAUAGACUUCUAUAAAGCUUUUGACUCUGUGGUACAUGACAAACUUCUCCUUAAACUAAAAUCCUACGGCAUCUCCGGACCCCUCCACAAUUGGAUAACAGCGUUCCUGUCAAACAGACAACAAGUGGUCAAAAAAGGCAGUGCCCUAUCAAAUCCUGUUCCUGUCAAUAGCGACGUUCCCCAAGGCAGCGUUCUUGGACCAACAUUCUUCAUAUUAUACAUUAAUGAUCUCUCUGACCAUAUUAUAGCAAUUGUGUUCUCUUUGCUGAUGAUGUUAAACUAUUUAACACUACCAACAAUACAGCUACCCUUCAAAAAGAUCUUGACUUUGUGUCGGAAUGGUCAAAAACUUGGAAACUCCAAAUCUCAACCAACAAAUGCUCUGUCUUACACAUUGGAAAAAAGAAUCUGAACACUAAAUACAAACUCGAUGGACACUACCUUAUAGAUGACCCCCAUGCCGUUAAAGACCUUGGAAUUUUCAUAUCAAAUGAUCUAAGUGCCAAAGCCCACUGAAACUACAUUGCAAAAAAGGCUUUAAGAGUUGUAAACUUAAUCUUGUGUAGCUUCUUCUCCAGAAACACUACAUUACUAACCAGAGCAUAUAAAACAUUUGCUAGACCAAUUCUUGAAUACAGCUCACCUGUCUGGAACCCAUACCUCAUUUCGGACAUUAAUACAAUUGAGCGUGUUCAGAAAUAUUUUACAAGAAGAGUUCUCCACUCCUCUGAUCACAACAAAAUACCUUAUGCCACCAGACUUGAAAUCCUGGGUUUAGAAAAUUUAGAACUCCGCCGCCUUCGACACGACCUGAGCUUAACUCAUAGAAUCAUCUGUUACAACGUCCUUCCUGUUGAAGACUACUUCAGCUUCAGUCACAACAAUACACGAGCACACAAUAGAUUUAAGCUUAAUGUGAACCGCUCCAAUCUUGAUUGCAGAAAAUAUGACUUCAGUAACAGAGUUUUUAAUGCCUGGAAUGCGCUACCAGACUCUGCGGUCUCUUCCCAAAAUCCCCAAAGCUUUAACCAAAAAUUAUCUACUAUUGACCUCACCCCAUUCCUAAGAGGUCUGUAAGGGGCAUGCAUAAAAGCACCAACAUGCCUACUGUUCCUGUCCUAAUGUUCCCUUUGAUUGUAUCCAAUUUCAUAUAGUUAUUACAUAUGGUUAUAUAUAUGUUUAUAUAUCGUAUAGUUAUUUCAUGCUUAUACUUAUAUAUAAUGUUGUGACAAAUAAAUAAAUAAAAAAUAAAAAGA